CCUACAAGUUCUCAUCCAAAAUAUCUUAAAUUGAGUUCUGAAGAUGAACUAAGCUUUUAAGGGUUUGGAACGACAUGGGGUAAGUGAUUAAUGACAAAAAUGUUCAUUUGGGACGGAAUAACCCUUUAAUGAGUGAGAUCAUUGUGGACACGUAUGGAGGCGGAGCUUUCUCUGGAAAGGAUUACACUAAAUUGACCCUUUCAGUGGCCUAUGUGGCCCGCUGGGUGGCCAAGUUUCUGGUGAAGGCUGAUCUGUGCAAGUGUGUUGUGGUCCAGUUGUCUUUCACCAUUGGAGUGGCCCACCCCUUGUCAAUCUCCAUCUUCCACUAUGGGACCUCCCAGAGGAGCGAGAAGGAGCUGCUGGAGAUCGUGAAAAAGGACUUUGACCUCUGCCCGGGCGUCAUCACUAGGUAAAGUGUGCUCCUCAGUGGCUGC